AUGGAGAAGAAGAAUGGAAAUGAGCACAAGUCCGACGCCGACUCUAAACCCAAGGACCAUGCGACGGCUUCGGACGACCAUAACAAGACGCCCAAGAAGCGGCGCAAGGUCAAUCAUGAGUCCAAGAAGACCAAGAGUGUGCUCGAGGGCUCGACUGUGGACGAAUCGGCGUCCCAGUCCGACAUUCGCAGUUCCAUAGACCAGUCCGCCAACGCCAUGGGCCCGCCUUCUUUUGACGCUGGUGCGGGACAGGCGUCCAAGUCUGCCUUCAAUGCAGGUGCGCUGGGCAGAAGUAAUCCGCUGCAGCUUGUGCAACCAACGCCUGUCACUGGGAUCCAGCCCAACGCCAUUAACACCGGUAAUGCAAACCAAUUUGCCGGCUUCUCUGAUGCGUGGUUGACGGCGCAAAAUCAUUUUCAUGACAUGCACAAUUUCCACCCCAACUACAUGAUUGCUCCCGAGGUGAGCAAUGAGUUCAACCUCCUGAACGACUUUCUUCACAGCAGUCUUCUCGAUGACGGCGCGCUUCUGUCCGAGGACCAAACGCAACUCGCGCGGAACAGCCAGUCGGCAGACAUGGUGACAGGGUUUCUUCCGGGCGCCAACACCAACAACAAUAGUAGCAUGCUCCCGCCGGGCGCUCUGGCUGCCGGUGCAAUGGGCCCUCCCAACUCUGAACACGCCAGGGCGAUCUCGCGGCCGGGCAGCGUUGUCCCAAUAGACAAAGCCAGGGAGUACUACCUGCAAGCGGCUGAUCCCGACGGAAACGACACCCCGGAGAACCGAAUGGAUCGCGUCCUCAAAGCAAAAUACGAGGCUGGUCUCUUGAAGCCCUUCAACUAUGUCAAGGGCUAUGCGCGUCUUCAUGCCUAUCUCGACAGUCACAUGGUCGCGGCCGCCUCGAAGCAGAGGAUUAAGCGCCAACUCGACAGGUUUCGACCGAAAUUCCGUGAGAAGAUGCAAGCGCUCACCGACAUGGAGCUUGUGUACGUCGAAAUGUGGUUCGAGAAGACGCUGAUGGAAUAUGACCGCGUCUUCGCCAGCAUGGCAGUCCCUGCUUGUUGCUGGAGGAGAACAGGCGAGAUUUUCCGAGGCAACAAGGAGAUGGCCGAGUUGAUCCACGUCCCCGUUGAGCAAUUGCGAGAUGGCAAGAUAGCGCUCCAUGAGAUCCUGACAGAAGAAUCGAUGGUUAGGUACUGGGAAGAGUUUGGCACGAUCGCCUUUGAUUCGGCGCACGAUACGCUCCUGACAGCAUGCUCGCUGAAAAACCCAGACGACAAGUCCAACGAUCCCAUCGUGAAGUGCUGCUUCUCGCUCAAAAUCCGACGAGACGAUCACAAAAUUCUCGAGAUGCCCGUUGGGGAUGGCCGCAGCCAUCGGCCAGGCACGAGCGCCACCGGACACGAGCAGCGUCUCAAGGCACUGCUUGCAUUUGCAAAGGACAUUCAGCGGCGCUUGAAUGCCCGUCAGAAUGAUCUACUCGAUGACGAUGCCCUGCGGAAGAAUAUCCAGGACAACAUACAAGAUCUUCGAACAGCACGCCUCGAAGCAUAUGGCCAUAGAGAACUCGAUAACCUGGGAACAGAGCUUUGGAAUACGUGUACACGACUGAAACGCGAGAAUAAUGAUCACUAUGAGGAAGCAACUGCUCACAAGGCUUUGCUUCUGAGCAUGCGGGUUUUUGCCUUUCAGCUGCUCGAUGCCGCACGAUGGUCCAAGAAUGAAACCACUGCGACCCAGCUUUUUCAGCUACUGAAACCAGCGUUGAAAGUAGGGAGAUCAUGCAUAAAUGAGGGAGCGUUUGAGCACGCCCUGUUGAUCUUGCAAAGAGCAACGGAUCAUCAAAAACGUCUGUCUGAGAUCGUGCAAUCGUCAGAGCAGGAAGACACUGUGGAAUGCAAGCGUCUCGAGGCAGAGUGUCUGGUACUCCGAGUCGCUCUGGCGUGGCGAGAGAAUCGACACGAUAUCGCAGAGCACGUGUACCAGAAGGCCGAAACCCUGAAAGACUCUCUAGAUCCUCAAUCUGCCGAAUACCUUGCAGAUGUCUUGUUUGAGAUAGGCAAGGCCGCUUCCGAGAGGGAGGACUACGAGAUGGCUGUCAAAUGGCUCGAGAGGUCUUACGAUAUCAUUGACCGGCAGAACUUGCAGGACUUGUCCAGAGAUGCACUCGAGUUGCGCCUCUCUGUCUCCCAGGCUACCGUCACUGCGCUGCUCGGUCUCGAUACACCACUUGCAUUCGACAAGGCUCAGCGUGUUGUUGAGUAUCUGGAGACUGAAAUGGGGAAUCACUCACUGGUUCUCUUACUUAGACUGGAGCUGCUCAACAAAUCACCAGAAGGAAGUUUUGACGGCGAAGCAUUUUGCGGCAUCCUCCGACGAAUGGUAAAGAGCUUUGGUUUUGUGGAACCACAGUACGAGCUGCUCAGACACCACAUCCAGAAGCUACACGAUAAGUGUCCCAGAUUGGGAUGUCAAAUCCUGGAUGAGUUCCUUGUCAAAUUGAUGGGCUAUGAGAAUCGUUCUUGGGUUGAGAAGCUGGUAAUUAUGCGGAUGUGGAUGACUACAAGUCAACGUGACUCCCUUGAUUCAAUUGAGGAAGCGCAGCAGAUCUUCCAGAGCAUGACCGAGCCAUUGAGUGCGGAGGCCACGACGGCGGCACAGACAUUGGCGUGGAAGAAGAUUGAAUCACAUUACAGCACUGGCGAAUUUGACCUGGCCUUAAAGUGGUGUAAACUCUCGCUGUGCCGGGCGUUCGACAGUGCAGAACCUCUCAAUAGGGCGAAAAUUGAAAGAAAGCUCUUGCUCUGUACUCUCAGCCAGAAUGAUUUGGACAGCGCACGAGCAGUCUUCUACUCGAUGCCCGAGACCACGCAACAAGAGCCGGCGUCCAGAUUCUUGUUGUUCAAGGUGGCAAUUCGAAGUGGUGACCAGGAAUUGGCCUCUGAGUGUCUCGAUCGUAUCAGCGUGCCGACGACUAAUCCCGAAUAUCUAUACGCUUGUGUUUUAGAGGCACAGCAGGCCAAUAACACUCCUUGUACCAUCGCUGCUCUGAAAAGGCUUGCAGAUGGGUGCGAAUUUCGAAGGCCAGGUUCAGUACAUUUGCCUGCUUUGCUUCGAUGCAUGAUUCGAGUCUCAAGUCCUCUCCUCACCAAAUCCGCCGAAGGUAAUUAUGGCCUGGUCAUGGACACAAAAAGGAAUGCCAAGGCUCACAAGAAACCAGUUGUUGAGGGAAUCUCGAGACAAGUAAUCGACUCCCAAGGAAACCGACUUUUCGAUAUCCACGAACUUGAAUGGUUCUCGAGGAAUGCCUACAACAUCGCUGUCAGACAAUUGUCUGAUUGGGACGCUCGUCAUAUAGUUCGAAUACUGAAUGCGUGCAUCGGAAUCAUAGAACAUUUUCCUUCGGAUCUUCCUUCAGAGACUGCUGGGGAUCUGGCCCUUAAAGCUCUGUUCUGUCAUUUCCUGGCCGCCUCGGCUUUAGUUACCUUGGCGAGGUCCCAAGAUAACCGAGAGAAACAAGUUGAUGACUACUUGAAGAUGCGACAUCAUGUGGCAGCUUUCGACAGUCAGAUGCAAGCGCACGGAGAAGAACUUGAUAGCAUGGUUGUCAAGGACCUCUCGAGUAAGCAGUCGCUCCUUUUCAUGUUCGACUUUGAGGGUGCUAUACAGCUCAAUGAAUGGACCGAGCUCGUCGAAAUUAUACGAAAGGCGACUGCCUGUAAGAGUCUGGUGACCUUCCAGGGCAUGGCCGACUGUCUACUUCGAUCACAUGCUCCUCUAAAAGAGCUCAAUUCCGCAAUGCGAGCUCUGAUCGACGAGAUAUGGAGUCUUGAAGGAUUCACAGCGGCGAAACUCGCCAAGUAUGUCCGAUGCCUCUUCCAGGCCAUUUUACCUCGUGGAGAUGACCUGGCUUUCGAGUUGCUCGGCAAAGCAGUCGCAAUGGCCGGUGAAGCGUUCGAGGCUGGUCACCCCAUGGCAAGGGAGGACACCGAAUGGAUCGCAGCGUCCGCGUACAACCAUGCCAUUGAGUGGUAUCACGGGGGCGACAACACGAGCUGCACCCGAUGGGCCGAACGAGCUAUGAUGUUGGCUCGAUACUGCGACGAUGAUGGGCAAUUCGAAGCGAUGUUGCACAAGAAGUACACAUCACUCAAGCUUGAUGCUUGA